AGGAUUAUGCCGAUGAUAUCGAUGUGGCCGAGGGCUGCUACCGUCACCUGUGUAAGAUCUUCGAGGAGUUGGAGGGUUGCCGGGCCUUCGAGAUUAUGCGCACGAACAACGAUCGAGUGAACUAUUUACUUGCCAAGGAGGCUAAGAUUGUUGCUAUGACUUGUACGCACGCGGCACUCAAGCGCGAUGAUCUGGUAAAGGCUGGUUUUAACUUUGACAACAUUCUCAUGGAAGAAGCCGCGCAGAUCCUCGAGAUAGAGACAUUCAUUCCUAUGAUGUGCCAG